UUGCCUCUGGAUUGAGGGAGAUGGUGAGUGUGACAAAUGUAGGGCUCUGACCUCACUGAAGUCAUGAACCUGGUGAUGCUUGUAGCUCAGAAACUGUGCUGUAGGGUUGCUGUCUUUGAUUGCUAAUUGACAUUUGGAGGCACAGCAGAAAAUAAGAAGGCCUAAAUACAAAUAAGCUCUCUGCCAUCGCCAUCAUGUUGCAGAGGUUUCUGCACCGUGAGGUUUUGUACCUGUGCUGACCCUCAUCCCGUGGCAGUGGCAGUGGGGUAAUGGCCAGCACAGCAUGGAACACCUGCCGAUGGCUUUGGUUGUUGUUGCUGUGCUAGAAAGGUAACAGCAACAACUGGUACAAACAUGAAAGAUCUGGUCAAGGAUUGGUUUGUCACCACUGAGCGAGAGGCACCUGGGAGACACAGGGAAGACAUGGCCACUGGAGCCCCUCAUCGUGCGUGUCCUUGUGAGUGUGGGAGUGGGGGCAGGUAAGAGAAGCUUCUGUAGAGAUGAUACAAAUAAAUGCCACCUCGUCCUCCUGUAAGAUCACCACCUCGAGCUUCGUCACGCCAGUUCCGCAGGCAUCACAUGAACAGGAUGAGCCAACUCUGUCAGGAGAGCUGUAUUUUCUGCCCUUGCCAAGAUGCCCUGGGAGCGCCGUGCCGCUGCCUCCAGAGCAGAACCUGCAGCUGCCUCCCGCGCCCCAGCCUGGAGGAGCCCAGACAGGCACUGCUGGUGGCUUUUGACUCAAGUCCCAGGAUGGAGCUCUGGAUCUGGCAAACUGGAGCUGAGUGGUUGCAGUUCCCUCGAUUACGUAAGGUUCCUGACUUGUGUUUAAUCCCUGGCUUAUUAAUGGCACUCAUCUCUUUGAUCAAAGACUAGCACUGAUUUCAAUUAGGGUUGAGCAAGAACCCACUGACAGGGAAGGCUGUAUCAGGAGGAGCAGCUGCUGUGCCCUGAAGGGUUUCUUCACCCUCGUGACCAAAAUCUAUACUCGUAGGUGAAGCGUAUUUAUUCCCAACCAAGCUGGAGAAAGCUCAAGUAAUCCUUUGCUGGCAAAAUACCUCUGCUGAAUAAAAGCAGGCGGCACUGACUGCCUGGGGAGCUCCUGUUCUUCCCAUCUCAAGCAGCAGGGAGGGACCACACCCUUCCUACAAAAGGGCGAAGCCACAAGAAGAUAAGCCUUGGCUUCUCUGUUGGACGGCACUGCCGAGUGGGAUAUCGCUGGAACCAUGUCCUCCAUCAAAAUUGAAUCUGUUGUGAAGGAGAAGAACAGGAUGGGAGAGUGCCCUGUCUGGGAAGAAAGGGAGAGUGCACUUGUCUAUGUAGACAUUAACUCACAGAAAGUUUGCCGCUGGAGCCCACUCACCAAUGAGGUGCAGAGCGUGUCUGUGGAUUCCCGUGUCGGCUCGGUGGCACUGCGGCAGUGCGGGGGCUACGUCAUCGCCCUGGGGAGAAGGUUUGCCUUUCUGGACUGGGAUACUCAGGCAGUCACCACCAUCCUCGAGCUCGAGCAGGAUAAACCCAACAACAGGUUCAAUGAUGGGAAAGUGGAUCCGAAGGGGAGGUUUUUUGCUGGUACCAUGGCUGAAGAGACGGCACCCGGGGUCCGAGCGAGGCGGCAAGGAGCUCUCUAUACCCUUUUCCCUGACCAUUCAGUGAUCAAACAGUUAGACCAGGUGGACAUCUCCAAUGGCCUGGACUGGUCCUUGGACCACAGGACCUUUUUUCACAUCGAUAGCCUUGCAUAUGCUGUGCAUGCCUUCAGCUACGAUGUGCACACUGGAAAGAUCGCCUGCCCAAAACUUUUAUACCAUCUAGAAAAGGAGGAGCAAAUGCCUGAUGGGAUGUGCAUUGAUGCAGAAGGGAAGCUCUGGGUGGCCUGUAUUGAUGGCGGGAGAGUAAUUCGUAUAGACCCAGAGACAGGAAAAAGAAUCCAAACUGUGAGGCUUCCUACUCCAAGGAUCACCUCUUGCUGCUUUGGGGGAAAAGACUACUCAGAAAUGUACGUCACGUCUGCAUAUGAUGGACUGGACAAGACUGCCCUGGCCAAGGAACCUCAUGCAGGAGAGAUUUUCAAGAUAACAGGUCUGGGGGUGAAAGGGAUCCCACAGAAUUUCUAUGCUGCUUGACCAUGGACACCAAAUAACAAAGAAGAAAUGUCUGCAUCUUGUAGUAACCUUGACAAGGAGAAGUCCAAUGAACUACAGAAUUUAUCUCUGUGAGGAUUUCUACACCCACAUUUGAGAGCAUGCUUGCUUGGAAUUGAAGAUACUUCUUCUGUGGGCCAGUGGCUUGAUGAAAUAGGUUAGAGAGGUAAAAUUAGUCUGUGUUACACCUUGAUAGCUUUUGUGACUUCCCAUAAAUCUCUUCAAGCUCAAGCUUAGUUUGGUUGAAAUUUUGGAUGACUGGCUCUGGAUUUUCAAGUCUGUGUGGUUCCUGAAGCAGGAUCUGACUCCUGGCUUGUCUUUUCAUGUUACAGUGAUGUACCAGCAAUGACAUGGCAGAUAUUAAUAAACACUUUAAGAGUGAUGACUUGA